CUGGACUUCAGAACUCCACCUGGUUUUGAUCGUACCCGUAAUGCAGUGAUUGGCAACAAGGAUUUCAAAUUAACAUACUUGGAAGAAGCUUACACAACUGAGCACUGGCUUGUUCGUAUUUAUAGAGUAAAGAAACCUGAUGAGUUCAACAGGCCCCGUAUUCCCUUGGCACAGAGAAAGGUGAAAAGAAGGAGUGUCUACCUCACCAAAAAGGAGCAGUUUAGUGAUCAUGAUGUGAGUAAAGGGUUUAUGUUCCUCUUUUGCAUUCAUUCUGUUUUAGAGACCAUAUAUAUAGUGUCUGUAUAUGUGUAUGCAUACAAAUAUAUGUACAAGAGAGCUGAUGCUGACAUACAUAAUUACUUACUUACAGAAAAAGACUUGUUUGUUUUUUUGACAGUACAUCUUUCUAAUUUAGUAAUAAUUUAAAAUUAUAAGAAUCAUUGUUUAUUUUUUUUAACAAAUUCAUUUUCUUAUUAGAUUAGGAGAGGGUUGACAAGGACAUCUAAAAGAAAAGUGAAAUUCCUUGUGCAUACCACUUGAUUGCUUUGGCAAGGGACUUGUAAUAUGUACUCUAUUGGCCAGAAGUAUCUUAGGAAUGUCUUGUACAGUUGGCUGAAUGAAUUCUCGGCCUCCUGAGAUGGAUGUUUAUGUGGUAACACUUAUGCAUUCAAAUAUAACAAUAUAGACCCUGUUGUUCUCUAAAUAAUAUCAAAAGAAGAUCCAAGCAAACCAUGUUACUCAUAUUCAAAACUUAAAAUGAAUUGCAUAACAAAGACAUUCCAUGUUUGAAUGCCCUUGAAUAUACUCCUGAAAGCUUAGACUCGCUAUAGGAUGGAUGUUCUGAAUUAAUGGUGAUAAAAAUGGAAAUACAUAAAGAAAAUUUGAAUAUUUUC